AUGGACCGGAAGGGCUGCUUGAGGCAGCACGGGAAGGCAUAUGCGCUGGCAGACCAGGAGUUUCAGCUUCCCAUGAGGCAGACAAGGUGGCUGUCCUCUCACGCUCAGUUACGUCUGAGAUAUGUUGCUAUGCACUUGCAUCAUCGGUGUAUAAUUGACAUAUUAAAAAAGAAAAAAGAAAAAAAAAAAAAACACGCACACACACACACACACACACACCAACAACAACAACAACAACAACAACAACAACAACAACAACAACAACAACAACAACAACAACAACAACAACAACAACAACAACAACAACAACAACAACAACAACAACAACAACAACAGUGUUCCAUCUAG